AUGACCCGUGUACUGAAUGGUCCGUCACACUAUGGGCCUCUGGAGCUGCCCUUGUUCCAGCUGAUCCCAUCCCAGAGACAGGUGGUAUUCCGUGGGGACCGGCUACCUCUGCAGUGCACCGUGUCAUACCUGGAUCCCUCUGUCAAGCUGCGCUGGCGCCACAAUGGCCGCGCCAUCCACAGCAACGAGGGCAGGGGUGUCUAUGUGGAGGAAACCCUGGUCCACGACUGCUGCCUGCUAACCAGUGAAGUCAUCCUCUCCAACAUCGACCACAGCCUGUCUGGCAACUGGGAGUGCCAGGUGACCAGUUCCCGUGGCAACAGGUCCAGAGAGAUGGAGAUCGUUGUGUUGGAGACGUCAGCGCCCUACUGCUCAGCAGACAGGGUCAGCGGCAACAAGGGAGACUUCAGGUGGCCAAAGACCCUGGCAGGGUUAUUGGCCUUCCUGCCCUGUGUUCCAUCCACAUUUGGCUCUGCCCCCCACCAUUCUGGUGCCUCUUCACACCACCCCACUCAGAGGGAGAAGAAGGCCUGGCGACGCUGUGACCCGGCAGGCCAGUGGGCAGAGGACGACUAUACCCAGUGCCCGUAUGCCAGCGAGGUGACCCGUGUACUGCAUGAGCUCACCCAGAUGACCAUCAACACCAGUAAUGCCCAGCCGUUAGCCCAGCAGCUGGUAGCCUUCACCAGCAGGGCAGGGGACUUCAGCGAUGUGAUGGAUGUCAUCUUUGUCACACACCUGGUAGAGAGGCUGACUCGCCUAGUGGACCAGCGCAGAGAC